AAUGCAAAACAGUCGAGAAUUUGAAACGCGGCUAACUGUGCGACACUCAAACAUCCACGUCCAAGAAACAACAACCAACAACCCCACACACUCUCAGUACUCAGUGAGAACUCAGCAAACGUCUCGAGGUCUAAAUACAUAUAGAAAACACAUCGUAUUCCCCGAUUUUUUUUUGGUUCUUGGUUGCUCCGUCGAUUAGCAAGUGAACAAUAAGCUCGAAAGCGCGUCGAGCAGAACAGCAGCAACCACCAAAUAGCAAAUAAACCAAAUAACCACCGCACACAUAAAAAUGGCCGAGGCUAACAAGAGGAAUAUCCCCAUCAAGCUGGGCGACUUCAGCGUCAUCGAUACGGAGUUCAGCAAUAUCCGCGAGCGCUUCGACUCCGAGAUGCGAAAAAUGGAGGAGGAGAUGGCCAAGUUCCGCCACGAGCUGAUGAACCGCGAGGCCAACUUCUUCGAGUCCACCAGUUCUACUAAAAAAACAACAACUACCAGCUCAACGACAAACUCGGCUCUGCCAUCCCGAAUCCCGAAGCAACAGAACUACGUCUCCGACAUUAGCUCACCCUUGAUACAGGAUGAGGGCGACAACAAAGUGCUGAAGCUGCGAUUCGAUGUCAGCCAGUAUGCCCCCGAGGAAAUUGUGGUGAAGACCGUCGAUCAGAAACUAUUGGUGCACGCCAAGCACGAGGAGAAGUCGGACACAAAGAGCGUGUACAGGGAGUACAACCGGGAGUUCCUGCUGCCCAAGGGCGUCAAUCCCGAGUCCAUCCGUUCGUCCUUGAGCAAGGACGGCGUCCUGACCGUCGACGCCCCCCUGCCAGCACUCACCGCCGGCGAGACACUGAUUCCCAUUGCGCACAAGUGAAGUGAUCCCCAGUAAUCCCAGAUCCCAGUUAUCGCAGUUAUCCACUCACCAAUCAAUCAAUCAAUCAACCAAUCAAUCACCAUUGCCCCAGGAGUAGAGGACGUAGAAGGACGAUUAAGGAGGAGGAGUUGAUGUCUAAGAUCAGAUUAAAUCAUACACACCAUUGAGUUUAAUCCAAUCCUAUCUAAAUGAUUAAUUUUUUUUUGGUUCUGACUUAAAGCUAAAAUACUAUGUUACUGACUUACUACUCAUUAACUUAAAUAUAAUUCAAAUUACUAUUAAAUUUGAUUAAUUUAAUUCAUAUUUAUAAUUUUCGCAUUAAACGUAAUCAAUUUUGUCGUA